UUCACUCAAGGGCUACACUGUCAUGGCGGUGGCGAGCUGAAGCUACCGGGGUAUAUCAGGAAGAGAAUGCGGCGCAGCUGGGUGAACAGUGACAUUUAAGCAAGUCUGAGGAGUUUGGCGGGGAGGACCGAGCUGACGUCUGUCCACUGUCGACUUCCACCGGGGGCUGCAGGCGGACUUGCCCCCCCCUUUCCCUGUGAGUUUGUGCCUCUGCCAGGCGCGCUACCUGUCAAGUGUCCGUGGACUCACUGACAAUAGCAACUUCAGCGCUGCACUGAGGGACUGAAAGUCGGCGUAUCCUCGUUUGCCUUUUGACCGAGAAGAGGAGAAAAACAGGUGAAGGACGAGCCCUCAUUCUGUUUCUUCUCUCCUGUUACCUGCAGCUCACUUCCAAAGGGCUUUUAACAGCAUUAAUCCAUUCGUCUGCUAUCAAGUUACGGAGCAGGAGAGAGGAGUAGUUCAUGUGGACCGUGGAGUGACAUUUCCAGUCUUGGCUGACAAAUCCUCUUUGCGUUUUUCUUGUGCCCACUUUCUUGUCUAAACAGUUUUGAAUGGGGAGGGAAACGUUUGCUUUGUGUGUCUGCAGACUGUCAACAACUCAGCUGAAGGGGAGAUAGAGCCCUUCUUUCUCCUCCUGCACUGUCACCCUUGGGAGGUGAACAGGUGCCUUACCUGUGAACACCACCUGCCCUCCCCCGUCUUUCCUUUAGCAAUGGCUAGCGAGGAUGGACAGGACGGGAGACCGGGAACCAUGGCGCUCAACCCGGGAGUGCCUAUCAGGGGGAUACGGAUGAAAUUUGCAGUCCUGGCUGGCCUGGUGGAAGUUGGAGAAGUUUCCAAUCGAGACAUUGUGGAGACGGUGUUCAACCUGCUGGUUGGUGGCCAGUUUGACCUGGAGAUGAACUUCAUCAUCCAGGAGCCUGAGAGCAUCGUGUGUAUGGUGGAGCUGCUGGACAAGUGCGAACCCACAUGUCAGGCAGAGGUCUGGAGUAUCUUCACCGCCAUCCUCAAGAAGAGCGUUCGCAACCUGCAGGCGUGCACUGACGUCGGGCUCAUCCAGCAAGUGCUCCAGAGGAUAUCCACCACAGACAGCAUGAUCGCAGACCUCCUAGUGGACAUGUUGGGUGUGCUCGCCAGCUACAGCAUCACCGUGAAAGAGCUGAAGCUCUUCUUCAGCAAGCUGCAAGGAGAAAAGGGCCAGUGGCCGCGUCAUGCAGUGAAGCUUCUGUCAGUUCUGAAGUACAUGGCUCACAGAAGUGGCCCAGACUCUUUCUUCAGCUUUCCAGGGAAAAAUGCAGCUGCUAUAGCUCUGCCUCCUAUAGCAAAAUGGCCAUACCAGAAUGGGUUUACAUUCCACACAUGGCUCCGCAUGGAUCCCCUCAACAACAUCAAUGUAGACAAAGACAAGCCUUACUUGUACUGUUUCCGCACCAGUAAAGGCCUGGGUUACUCUGCACACUUUGUGGGCGGCUGUUUGAUAGUGACCUCGUUAAAAUCCAAGGGGAAAGGAUUCCAGCACUGCGUGAAGUACGACUUCAAGCCGCAGAAGUGGUACAUGGUGACCCUCGUUCACAUCUACAACCGCUGGAAAAACAGUGAAAUUAGCUGCUAUGUGAACGGGGAGCUGGCUUCUUUCGGAGACAUUGCCUGGUUUGUCAACACCAGUGACACGUUUGACAAGUGUUUCCUGGGAUCGUCUGAGACCGCUGAUGCCAACCGUGUGUUCUGUGGACAGAUGGGGGCCGUUUACCUGUUUGGAGAGUCUCUCAGCGCUGCUCAGAUUCUGGCUAUCUAUCAGCUGGGGCCAGGUUACCAGGGCACGUUCAAGUACAAGGCUGAGAGUGACCUGCUGUUUGCUGAGCAUCACAAGACCCUACUGUAUGACGGCAAGCUGUCCUCCAGCAUCGCCUUCACUUACAACCCUCGCGCCACGGAUGCCCAGCUCUGCCUUGAGUCCUCCCCCAAGGACAACGCCUCCAUUUUUGUCCACUCACCCCACUCUCUCAUGCUGCAGGAUGUGAAGGCCGUGGUGACUCACUCGGUUCAGAGUGGCAUACACUCUAUUGGAGGCGUGCAGGUCCUCUUCCCUCUGUUUGCACAGCUGGAUUACUGCCAGCCCUCCAGCCACGAGCUGGACACCUCUGUCUGCUGCACUUUGCUUUCCUUCGUGAUGGAGCUCUUAAAGAACUCUGUGGCUAUGCAAGAGCAGGUCCUGGCCUGCAAAGGCUUCCUCGUCAUUGGCUACUCUCUGGAAAAGUCUUCCAAGGUGCACGUGACGCGGCCCGUCCUGGACAUCGUGCUGGCCUUUUCCAGAUAUCUUAGCAAUUUGCAGAACGGCAUCUUGCUGCUCAAGCAGCUGUGUGAUCACAUUCUGUUCAACCCUGCCAUCUGGAUUCAUGCCCCUGCCAAGGUGCAGCUAACACUCUACACUUACCUGGCGACAGAGUUCAUCAGCACAGUGACCAUCUACAACACCAUCCGCAGGGUGGGCACUGUGCUCCAGGUCAUGCACACACUAAAAUACUACUACUGGGUUGUGAACCCUCAGGACCGCAGUGGAAUCGUGCCCAAAGGCCUGGAUGGUCCAAGGCCAAAUGACAAGGAGCUCUUUCCUUUGCGGGCCUUUCUUUUGUUGUUUGUGAAGCAGCUCAUAAUGAAGGAUCAUGGAGUGAAAGAAGACGAGCUACAGAGUAUCCUCAACUACCUCCUUACCAUGCACGAGGAUGAUAACCUCAUGGAUGUGCUGCAGUUGUUGGUGGCAUUGAUGUCUGAACAUCCCGGGUCCAUGAUCCAGGCCUUCGACCAGCGGAACGGGAUUCGUGUGAUUUACAAGCUCUUGGCCUCAAAGUCUGAACCAAUUCGAGUGCAGGCACUCAAAGUUAUGGGCUACUUUCUGAAAUACAUGACACCAAAGAGGAAAUCUGAGGUCAUGUUGAGUCAUGGCCUCUUCUCGCUGCUCACUGAACGCCUGAUGCUCCAUUCAAGCCAGUUCACAAUGACAACCUACAACGUACUCUUUGAGAUCCUCACAGAGCAGAUCUGCACUCAAGUGAUCCAUAAACAGCAUCCGGACCCCGACUCCACUGUGAAGAUUCUCAACCCGCAAAUCUUGAAGGUAAUAGCUGCUCUGCUGAAGAACGCUCCCCCAUCCCCCGAGAGCAUGGAGGUGCGCAGAGUUUUCCUGUCAGACAUGAUCAAACUGUUUAAUAACAGCCGAGAGAACCGCAGGAGCCUGCUGCAGUGCUCAGUGUGGCAGGAGUGGAUGCUCUCUCUGUGCUUCAUCAACCCGCGCAACACUGAGGAGCAGAAAAUCACAGAGAUGGUGUACGCCAUCUUCCGCAUCCUGCUCUACCACGCCAUCAAAUACGAGUGGGGCGGCUGGCGCGUCUGGGUGGACACCCUGUCCAUCACCCACUCCAAGGUGACCUUUGAGCAGCACAAAGAGAACCUGUCCCGUAUGUUCCGUCAGUACCAGCGUCAGGAGUCCGGAGGCUCUCUGAGCACUAUCAGAACCAUCUCUGGAGUCAGUCAAAGCUCAGAGACCAUGGAAUGUGUAAACGGGCCGCCUGCGGAGGAGACGCCCCCCUCCACUGUCAUUGAGCUCACCGUGGACGAGUCUACCCAGAAGCCCCUUGACUCAGCAUCUGGUUCUGCCAUCACUUCCAUUCCACUGGAAGGUACAGGUGCACAGGGCUCGGCAUCCAUCACCGUGUCCAACAUCCUCGCUAUGGCCGAAGAAGAGAAGGAGUCUGUUCAGGAGGCUCCUGAGAUUGAAAAGGAGACCGAAGCCAGUGUGACGCAAGAAAACAAUGAAGAGGAACAGAGUGAGGAGGCCAACCAGCAAGAACCUGUGACAGAAGCAUCAACAGAUGAGAGCGCAGAAAAACUACAAACGCCAGCUAGCAACCAGGAUGAUACAGAUAACUCAAAAACUGUGGAAGUGGUUGAAGACGUGACUACGACAUCUGCAAGAGAUGAUGCACAGACUCCUGUGACAGAGGACGAAAAAUCUGAGAGUGACCCCUACAAAGGUGAAUCUUCAAACUCCAUGACAGAAGACUCUUUGAAUGAAACAGAUUCAGAGGUACCGGUGGUUCCAGAACAAGAAGAUAACACUCAGCAAACGUCCCCUGAGACUGCAGCCUGUGCAGAGAAGAGUGUGCAGGAUGGAGCCUCCAUUCCUCUAGAAGAGCAGGUUGAAGUGUCGUCUGUUAGUAACCAGAUCCAAGCUAGUGAUGCUGAUGAUAGCCAAGAGGAGUCCUCUGAUGCUUCUGCUGCUACCAGAGAGGACGGGGAGGCUGGCAAGAAGGAGGAAGUGGAACACAAGCAGGAUGAAAGCAAGGAAGAGGACCAGGACGGACAGGAGGUAAAGACAGAAGAAGACAAAGAUGAGAAGGAGGAGGUCGACACGCAAGAAAAGACUGAAGAAAGUGAAACUGAAGAGAAGCAGGUUUCACCACCAGCUGAGACACCUGAACAAAGCGCAACAGAGCCAGCUGAUGAAAAAGCUCCAGAUGAAGAAUCUUCCAAAGCUGAAACUGAAGACCAGCAACCCUCAGAAACAACACCGCCCUCUACAGCACAGGAGGCUGCAGAAGCAUCAGACUCAGCCUCACCUGGUCAGCCUUCAGAGACCCAAGGCACCGCAGAAGAAGAAACACAGCCCACAGAGCCCACAGAAGAAGAAAGCAGCACCGCCGCGUCUAACUCUGGCACCCAGAAGAGUGUGGACUCUGUCAACAAGAGCAAAGAGGUCAAAAUUGCCAGACUUGACGUGUCCAACGUGGCCUUAGACACAGAAAGACUUGAACUGAAGGAGACCUUGACGACAGAAAGUAGCCAGGGCCAGUCUGCAGCAGCAGCAGGAGGGUCUUCAGGCCCACAGAGAGAAGGCAGCACUUCAGCCCCUCGCUCCACCAUGUUUCGCAUCCCAGAGUUCCGCUGGUCCCACAUGCACCAACGCCUCCUCACUGACCUGCUCUUCUCCAUCGAGACAGAUGUCCAGAUGUGGAGGAGUCACUCCACAAAGACCAUCCUGGACUUUGUGAACAGCAACGAGAACGUGGUGUUCGUCCACAACAGCAUACACCUCAUCUCUCAGGUGGUGGACAACCUCAUCAUGGCUUGUGGAGGCAUUCUACCUCUGCUCUCUGCAGCCACCUCCUCCUCUCAUGAAUUGGAGAGCAUUGAGCCCUCCCAAGGCUUGACCGUGGAGGCUUCCAUCACCUUCUUGCAGCGCCUCAUCAACCUCGUGGAUGUCCUUAUCUUCGCCAGCUCGCUCAACUUCACCGAGAUAGAAGCAGAGAAAAACAUGUCGUCAGGAGGAAUCCUCCGGCAGUGCCUUCGCCUUGUGUGUGCUAUGGCUGUGAGAAACUGUCUGGAGUGUCAGCAAGCCCAGGUUAAUUACAGCAAAGAGGGAUCAGCACGGAGCCACACAGCCAUGCCCAACACUAUGCUGGGAACAGCCAAGUCUGCCUCUGCACAGAGUCCUGUGGAUGCAGUGACAGGUGGAAUGUCUCCAAUCAGAGACCUGGACCGACUCCUUCAGGACAUGGACAUCAACCGCCUCAGGGCUGUUGUCUUCAGAGAUAUCGAGGACAGUAAGCAGGCCCAGUUUUUGGCGCUUGCCGUUGUGUACUUCAUCUCAGUGCUCAUGGUGUCAAAGUACCGCGACAUCCUGGAGCCCCACAAUGACAAGAAACACCCUCAGAGAUCGCAGUCUGCAAGGAGCACAGACAGCGGUGCCAUUUCCGGAGGACUAGAAGUGGAGAACGGUGUCUCUCUCCGCCGAUACGACUCUGGCAUCGGUGACGAUCACACCUCAACCGCCGCCAGCGAGGCUGACCUGUCCUCCUCCGGCAUGACUCACGGUCCAGACGCCAUCUCAGAGGCCUUGUCCACGCUGUCCUCCGAGGUCAGACCUUCUCUACCCGCCGAUUCAAAGGGCAAGAACGUGAAGGACAUCCUGCGCAGCCUCGUGAGCACUCCCGGUGACGACGUCAUGGUGGACCCGGGUCUGCUGCCACCAGCUUUCCUCGGAGUUGUGGGUGACGCAGCAAGAGAUUCGCCCCAGUUCCGCUCGUCAUUCGAUAGGAGUGUCAUUGUUGUACCCAAGAAAGCGGGCGUGACACCAUCUCCAAGCGCUUCCACCCCUGUCCCAGCAGCCACUGCUGCAUCUGUGUCUGGCGGGACACCCAUGGACAGUGUAGCUGUGGUGUCUUCUGGUGAUGCCUCUCAGAGCACUUCUGCAGAGUCUGCAACAGGCGGCCAGGUUCCAGCCAGCGCUAGCCUGCCAUCUGUCCCCCCUCUCUCCCCUGUGACCCAGAACACAGCCCCCAAUAUGAGUAUAUCAGAGCGUCUGGAGCAUGCUCUGGAGAAGGCAGCACCCCUACUCAGAGAGAUCUUUGUGGACUUUGCCCCCUUCCUCUCUCGGACCCUGCUGGGCAGCCAUGGGCAAGAGCUCCUCAUUGAGGGCACUAGCCUGGUGUGCAUGAAGUCCAGCAGCUCAGUGGUGGAGCUCGUCAUGCUUCUGUGUUCACAGGAGUGGCAGAACUCCAUCCAGAAGAACGCAGGUCUCGCCUUUAUCGAGCUGGUCAACGAAGGCAGACUGCUGAGUCACACCAUGAAGGACCACCUGGUUCGGGUGGCUAAUGAAGCUGAAUUCAUCCUCAGCAGACAGAGAGCUGAAGACAUCCACAAACAUGCAGAGUUUGAGUCUAACUGUGCACAGUACGCUGCUGAGAGGCGUGACGAGGAGAAAAUGUGCGACCACCUGAUCCGAGCAGCAAAGUAUCGCGACCAUGUGACGGCCACGCAGCUCAUCCAGAAGAUAGUCAACAUCCUGACAGACAAACAUGGAGCCUGGGGAAACUCUUCCAAGAGCCGGCCGAGGGAGUUCUGGCGCCUGGACUACUGGGAGGACGAUUUAAGGAGGCGACGUCGCUUCAUCAGGAACCCCUUCGGAUCCUCUCACUCAGAGGCCACGCUCAAAGCCGCGGCCGAACACGUGGCAGAUCUCAGCGCGCCUGAGGAAGAUAUCCUAAAAGGGAAACAGUCCAUCAGGAGUCAGGCUCUGGGAAAUCAGAACUCUGAGAGCGAGACAUCACUGGACGGAGACGAUGACACUCUGUCCUCCUUAGAGGAGAAGGACCUGGAGAACUUAACAGGCCCAGUAAACUUGAGCACCAGCGCGCAGCUGGUGGCUCCGGCUGUGGUGGUGAAAGGUACCCUGUCCAUCACCGCCUCCGAGCUCUACUUCGAGGUGGAUGAAGAAGACCCGGGCUUCAGGACCAUCGAUCCAAAGAUUCUCGCCUACACAGAAGGUCUUCAUGGAAAAUGGCUGUUCACAGAGAUCCGGGCCAUCUUUUCCAGACGUUACCUCCUGCAGAAUACUGCUCUGGAAAUCUUCAUGGCCAACAGAACUGCAGUCAUGUUCAACUUCCCAGAUGCCACCACAGUCAAGAAGGUGGUCCACAGUCUUCCUCGAGUUGGGGUUGGCACGAAUUUUGGUCUUCCACAGACCAGACGUAUCUCUUUGGCCACACCAAAGCAGCUGUUCAAGGCCUCCAACAUGACCCAGCGCUGGCAACGUCGUGAAAUAUCCAACUUUGAAUACCUAAUCUUCCUCAACACCAUCUCUGGUCGGACCUUUAACGACCUAAACCAGUACCCGGUCUUCCCCUGGGUGAUCACUAACUACGACUCAGAGGAACUUGACCUCACUCUGCCCAGCAACUUCAGAGAUCUAUCCAAGCCCAUUGGUGCUCUGAACCCCAAGAGGGCAGCAUUCUUUUCAGAGCGCUAUGAGUCCUGGGAGGAUGAUCAGGUGCCCAAGUUCCAUUAUGGCACACACUACUCCACCUCCAGCUUCACUCAGAUGUGGCUGCUGCGAAUCGAACCUUUCACAACAUUUUUCCUCAACUUCCAAGGAGGGAAGUUUGAUCAUGCAGACCGCACCUUCUCCUCAGUGUCAAGGGCCUGGAGGAACUGCCAGAGAGAUACUUCUGAUGUCAAGGAGCUGAUCCCAGAGUUCUACUACCUCCCUGAGAUGUUUGUCAACGCCAACAACUACAACCUGGGAGUGAUGGAGGACAGCACCCUGGUUUCUAAUGUGGAGCUGCCGCCUUGGGCAAAAAGUCCAGAGGAGUUUGUGCGCAUCAAUCGCCUGGCUCUGGAGAGCGAGUUUGUGUCCUGCCAGCUCCACCAAUGGAUCGAUCUGAUCUUUGGCUACAAGCAGCAGGGACCUGAAGCCAUCAGAGCCCUCAAUGUUUUCUAUUAUCUGACCUACGAAGGUGCAGUCAACCUGAGCUCCAUCAAUGACCCCAUGCUCAGAGAGGCUGUGGAGUCUCAAAUCAGGAGUUUUGGACAGACCCCCUGCCAGCUGCUCAUCGAGCCACACCCACCUCGAAGCUCAGCCAUGCAAGUGACCCCGAUGAUGUUUACGGAGCAGAUGCAGCAGGAUGUUAUCAUGGUGCUGAAGUUCCCCUCAAACUCUCCCGUGACUCACGUGGCUGCAAACACCCAGCCGGGUCUGACAUCACCCGCCAUCAUCACUGUCACUGCAAACCGCCUCUUUGCUGUCAACAAGUGGCACGGCCUGACAGGUCAUCAGAGCUCAACGGUGCAGGACCAGCAGUACCAACUUCCAGUGGAAAUUGACCCUCUGAUAGCCAGUAACGUGGGCAGUCACCGUCGUCAGAUCUCAGACCUGCUCGAUCAAAGCAUCCAGAUCAGCUCGCAGUGUUUCGUCAUCACUGCCGACAACCGCUUCACCCUGCUGUGCGGCUUUUGGGACAAGAGCUUCCGGAUCUACUCCACUGACUCAGGCAAACUGACUCAGAUCGUGUUCGGCCAUCGUGACGUGGUGACGUGUCUUGCUCGCUCUGAGUCCUACAUCGGAGGAGACUGCUACAUCCUGUCGGGCUCCAGAGAUGCCACCCUGCUGCUGUGGUACUGGAACGGAAAGCACAACAGCAUCGGAGAGAGCCCAGGCACAGAGUUCACCACACCACGGGCCAUCUUAACCGGACAUGACUGUGAGGUGACGUGUGCCAGUGUGUGUGCUGAGCUGGGACUCGUCAUCAGCGGCUGCAAAGAGGGUCCUUGUCUGAUCCAUUCCAUGAAUGGAGACCUGCUGCGUACGCUGGAGGGCCCGGAGCGUUGCCUGCGGCCUCGUCUCAUCCAGUCGUCCACCGAGGGAAACUGCAUGAUCUACUAUGACAAAGGACAGUUCUGCCUCUUCAGCGUCAACGGCAAACUGCUGGGACACAUGGAAGUGGAGGACAGCAUCAAGGCGAUGCUCCUCAGCCGUGACGGUCAGUAUCUGCUGACAGGAGGAGAUGGAGGUAUAGUUUCCGUCUGGCAGGUUCACAACCUCAAACAGCUGUUCACCUACCCAGGCUGUGACGCAGGAAUCCGCUCCAUGGCCAUAUCGCACGACCAAAGGUGCAUCAUAACUGGCAUGGCGUCUGGUAGCAUUGUUCUCUUCUACAACGACUUCAACAGAUGGCACCACGAGUACCAGACUAGGUACUGACCUGAGCACUGCAGCAUCCUGACUGACAGAGAAGGAACUGACAAAAAAAAUCUAAACUCUGAAGUGUGAACUCUUAACAAAGGCACUUUGCUGUCUACAUCCUGAUAUCCUGAAUGUAUCUCAAUGAAAGAAGAAAAAAAAAACAAAUAUGUCCUGUUAUAGUAAAACUAUUUUUAAAAAGGGCAUUGCUAUAUUUUGUAGAUCAGAUAGAACAUUUUCAUAUAAAUCAUAGGGUGGGGGUUACGUUACUGUGCGGUUAAAAAAAUCUAUUUUUAGCUGUAAGAGUCUAUUUUCAUCUCUUCAGGGGACAAGAAAAGAGGGAUAGUGAUAAACCUUUUGACUUAAAAUCCAAAUAUUUGUGUACUUUAGGCUGAGUGAUUUUUUUUCUCUUGUAGGUGUGUAUGUGGGGAAUAAUUCUUCUUCUUAAUCUAUUAUUCACUUGCUUUCUGCCAUUUUGGCACCACAGCUUUUUGCCAUUUCUUGGCCGUUAGAUUUGAAAUGUUUGAAUAAAUAAUAAAUGUAUUGGACAGAAGGAUAAACAAAGAGGGAAUAUACAUAUUUACAUAUAUAAAUAACUAUAUAUUCUGUUUAAAUGUAGUCAUCUGUAUUUAAAAUGUCCAUUCCCUCUGUACCUCUGUGCUCUCAAAGAGACUGCAUAUAUGUGCACAACUCACAGAAGACAUAUCAACACAGAGCUGUCACGUUAUCAUUUAAAACAUGACUUCUUAUUACUCUCUGUGAUGACAAAGAUUAGCUUUAAGCAGAAAAGCACGUCAGUGAAAUCAUGUCUAGGAUUUUGCUCUUUUACAUUUUUUCCCUGAAAGACUGAAUACAUCAUUUUCCUUAAAGUGACAGAAACAGGGUUAAGAGAUCAGUCACUACAUAAAAAUACUGUCAUCACAACUAAAGCCCAAACCAGCCUUUUCAUUUGUCUUCUUUGAGUGCCGUCUCCAGAGCCGCCAACAGCAGAGUGAGAUGUGCAAUGAAAGGAAGGCCUUUCCUCUGUUUCAGUCCGAGGUUCAUUCUCUUUGUUUCAUCACAGAGGUCUAACUCACAGAGCGAGAGAUCAUGUUAGGAUGUGAUUGAGCACUAAAAUGGCAAAGUGACAUACUGUAUAUUCCUUUGGUAAAAUAAACGUCCACCUGUAUCUUUGAUUUUGAGGAAACAUUCCUUUGAAGUUUGCGCUUUGAUGUGGUCUGAAUCUCCAGUUGUAAGAGAACUGCUGUUAUGUAUCAACCAAUAUUUUUUUUGCAAUCAUUUUGGAGUGUUUUGUGUGCUGAGUUCUGACAAUAAAAUUGAAUUUUAUAACUUGAA